AUGAGUCGAAUAUGGUUACAUCCCGGGUGGGAGGACAUCAAACAGCCACAUCAAGGCACUUGGUCCCACUCAAAAGCAGAGACGCCAUUGGAAUACGGGACCCGCACGAGAAAGUCUGGAGAGAAUGGGUGGGAACCCGACCCCAGACCGGGACGCGGACGAGUCCAAAUCGGUCAUCCGGCCAGCGCCUAUGCUGCCGACCUGCAGACCGAAGGAUUAUGGACCAAUGUCCGAGGUGGAAACAGUGACGGCAUGCUAGAGAGCCAGGUGCUAGUCAACCGAAACUCGGCUGUUCACACUGCACCAUCCGGGGUUGGCAUACUGGGGAACGCACUCCAUGCACGAACGGGAUUCAAGAAAGCAGCGGCCAUCAGGAGGAGUGGAUGGCCUGAAGUGUGGAGGUUUUCCGGGGAUUUUGGUCCAAGCGGGUGGGGAUUUCAGCCAGAUUGA